GUACUCAACAACCUUCUCUCUCUAAUCAUCUCUCUCUCCCUCUCUCCAUCUCUCACUUUCUCUCUCUAGAGGAAAGGAAGAAGGAAAGAAAACCAAAACCCAUAUCAUGUUGAAAAUGGAACAAAAUAAUCUACCUGUCAUAGCCAAGAAACUAUGGAGCAUAGUACGUGUGGCUUUCUUCAUGCUACGAAAAGGCAUCUCAAAGCGGAAGCUCCUGCUAGACCUAAACAUGAUGAUGAAGCGCGGCAAGCUGGCUAGCAAAGCCCUAAGCAAUCUCAUGUUCCACCACCACCACCACCACGGCGCCUCCGCCUCUGCCGCGGCCCAGCGCGAGUAUGAGUUCAGCUGCAGCAACACCCCCAACUACCCCUUCCAUCUCAUGGGUGGCAAGCGCCGCAGCCACCACAGCAACCACUUCUUUAAGUGUGCCCACGCGCCUGCCACUCAAGAAGAUGAUGUGGCGGCAAUGAAUGCGGUUAAGGCAGUGCUGGAGAUUCUGAAUAAUCAUGAGGUGGUGGCGGCAGUGGAGGCGUCUCCGAUGCCGACUCCAUUUCAGACGCCUUCACUACUUCCCGGGUUUGGGCGGAGCCCCAUGGUCCGCCAGCUGAGGAUAACGGACUCACCGUUUCCGUUGAGGGAGACCGACGAGGACAGCCACGUGGACAAAGCGGCUGAGGAGUUCAUUGAGAGGUUUUACAAGAAUUUGAGACAGCAGAAGCAAAAGUGAGAGAUCGAGAUUGGCUUUGGAGUAUUACCAUCAUGUUUAGUUUGGCUAUGGAUUUGCGUCUUAUUGUUGCUGGGAGUGUUGAUAGUUACAAUAAAUCAGAAACGUAGCUAGCUUAUGUCAACCUGAAGUUCCUGAACUACGUACUUCUAUUUUGUUCUUCAUUUGGAGUCGUAUUUGAUUUUUAAGAUUUUAGGUCUUUUAGCCUCGACGGUUUUCUUCUUCAAUCAAUCUAGCUAGUAAUAGGGUUUUCUGAAAGCUAGCUAGCAAAGAUAUUACGCAUAUACUCCAAUAUCAAGGAAUUAGAGAUUCAAAAGAAGAAGAGGAGGUAUAUACAAAAGAUUCACCACAAGGUACCAGUUCGUACAGCAACGAGUGCAGAACCACUUGAGUAAAGUUUUUUUUUUUUUUUUCUAUGUUGUUUCACAUAUAAUUUUGAAACGAAGACAUGCUUGCAUGUAUAU